AUGCAGGAUCCACUCUGGCCUCCUGCCAAACGCUCUGGUUAAAAGGGUGGAGCUGUGAGGACGGAGAGUAAGAUGGAGCAGCGGCGGAGACUCAGGCAGAGGCAGGGACUGGGGAGGGGCUACGGUUUGUAUGCUGAUGUGAUGCUGAGCAAGGAUGUGUUCAUGUGGGUGGGGUGAGGCGACCGGAGGGAGGAGGAGGAGGAGGCGUGGAGGAAUGAUGGGAUAAAAACCCCAGCGCUCUUCAUCCUGAUGUCCUGUUGCUUCAACAGCAUCGCCCAGCCUUCAGCUCUGCACUUUUCUACGACGACGGAGAACAGACAAAGAUCCACCAUGAGCCACUCUUCAGUUCACACCUCCACCUCCUACAGGCGCACUUUUGGGAGCCCACACCCCAUCGCCAUGUCUUCCUACUCCUCCGCGUCAUCCCGGAUGCCUCAUUCCGGGGGGCGCUACAUGCGCUCAGCCUCACCUGUGGUGGCAUCUCGUCCCACCACCUUCCACCAACAGCGCUCCCGCCCCAGCGCUCAGCCCCCGCGCCUCAGCUAUGACAAGGUGGACUUCACCUUGGCUGAAGCCAUCAACCAGGAGUUCUUGACCACUCGCAGCAAUGAGAAGGCUGAGCUGCAGGAGCUCAACGACCGCUUCGCCAGCUUCAUCGAGAAGGUGCGCUACCUGGAGCAGCAGAACGGUGCCCUGCAGCAGGAACUCAACCACUUCAAGGGCCAGCAGCAGCACGGGCAGCCCAACCGUGCCUCGGAGCUCUUCCAGGAGGAGCUGAAGGAGCUGCGGCGCCAGAUGGAGGCCAUCGGCAAGGACAGGGACCAGUACCAGAUGGAGAGAGACAACCUGGCUGAAGACCUGGCUCUGCUCAAACAGAGGUUGGAUGAAGAGAGCCAGAAGAGGGCAGACGCUGAGAACAACCUGCUCGCGUUCCGUAAGGACGUUGAUGAUGCCACGCUGUCUCGUCUGGAAUUGGAAAGAAAAAUUGAAUCUUUGAUGGAUGAGAUUGAAUUCCUUAAGAAGGUCCACGAUGAGGAAAUCCAGGAUGUGCAGGUGAGCGUCCAGACCCAGCAGCUGAAGAUGGAGGUGGACAGCAGCGCCAGGCCUGAUCUGACCGGUGCCCUGAGGGACAUCAGGGCUCAGUACGAGACCAUAGCCAUGAAGAAUAUGCAAGAAUCUGAAGAGUGGUACAAGUCCAAGUUUGUUGACUUCACUGAGUCUGCAAAGCGCAACACUGAUGCUCUGAGGCAGGCCAAGCAGGACGCCAAUGAGUCACGAAGGCAAAUCCAGUCUCUCAACUGUGAAAUUGAUGCACUGAAGAACACGAACGAAGCUCUACUGAGGCAGAUGCGUGACAUGGAGGACCAGUUUGGCAACGAGAUCGCCAACUACCAGGACAAUAUAGGCAGGCUGGAGGAUGAGAUCCGCCAUCUGAAAGAGGAAAUGGCUCGCCACCUCAGGGAGUACCAAGACCUCCUCAAUGUGAAGAUGGCUCUGGACAUAGAGAUUGCCACUUACCGUAAACUGCUGGAAGGGGAAGAGAGCAGGAUUACUGUUCCCAUCUUAAACAUUGGCAUGAGUAACCAUUUUGGAGAGCGAGACUUUGAACACACCCCUGACAGUGGGACCAAAAGGACUGUGGUGAUAAAGACAGUGGAGACCAGAGAUGGAGAGGUUGUGAAGGAAUCUAAAAGGGAGACAGAAAGAGACUCUGGCCGCUCUGACAAAAGUGACAAGGACGACUAGAAGAAAGUGAUGAGACGUGAUGUGAAGGCCAGUGCCAUGAUAGAA